UCAAUAAAAGGGGUUGGUGAUCAGUGUGCACAAUGAUAAGUGUAUUUCAGGUAUUUUGAUUGUGCACUUAUGAACAUUGUUGUGAAAACAACAUCAAACAAAAAAUGUUCAAAAUGGCAACUCAUCCUUCAUGCAGUUUUAACAUGAUUAAGUUAUUCAUUCCACAUCCAACAUUAUAUUGAAUCUGCACAUGGUGUUUCUCGAGGGAAACACAAGGGGCGGAGAUUCAGGACUAGGACAGCAACUGCAGCAGUGGUGCAUUUGGCAAAAAUCUCCGACAGUUUGUCUCCGACAUAGUCUUUCUUGGCUCUGUAGAGGAUGGUGUUUUUAACCUGCUCCACAGCUACCCUUAUGAGGCUGUCCCUAAUCCUAAUCUAUGGGGCACUGCUGAUGAAGGUCUGCUCAGGAAAGUCUGACACUCCACGUGGUGUUUCUGUUCCCUUCAUUUUUGACCCUAAAGCUACCUGUGACCCACCAUGCAGGCAUGCAGGCAUCUGUAUUCGGAACAACACAUGCUUCUGCUCCAAAGGAUAUGAAGGAAGUGUCUGUCAAUAUGCAAGUUGUCUUCCAAAGUGUAAAAAUGGGGGAGAAUGUAUUCGUCCAGGAAAAUGUCGAUGUCCUCAAGGCUUUGGAGGAAAAUACUGUCACAAGGUGUUGUGUGAGGGGGGCUGCUGGAAUGGCGGUGAGUGCAUUGCAGUGAAUGGCGUUACAAAAUGUCUGUGCCCCUCAAGCUGGACUGGAACCAGAUGCCAUGAAGCAAUCUGUCCACAAGGUUGCAGAAAUGGGGGCAGCUGUGUAGCUCCAGGAAUCUGCAACUGUCCUGAGGGCUGGAUUGGUGGUGCUUGUCACAUGGCUGUAUGCAGAGAGCCAUGUCUGAAUGGAGGGAAGUGUAUUUCUCCGGACACAUGUCGCUGCCGUGCUCCGUAUUCUGGGCUACAGUGUACAGAGAAGAAGAAGCUGUUUUAAUUUCUGCCUUUGUGUAUAGCCUAUGACUCUCCACACUGGUUUAAAUGCCUCUCCUUCAGAAAAUAAAGCAGACUCCCUUUGUCAAACCAAUACAGAAA